CACAGUAAAAUUACACGACCCAAUCAAUCCCCCAUUCCCCACUGUCACCAAAUUGUCUCACUCAUAAAGGCACUAACCACCAGUAACAAGUUUCAAAACACCGUUUUCUAAUUUACAUAAAAAAAAAAACCGUGUACACAACACAACGAAAGGACACACACACUCUACAACGUUGCUGUUUUCUACGUUUGCGUAGUUUCACACCCAAAUACAAUAUUUCUGCUACAAAAUAAAUCUAUAUUCUUCAAGAAAAAGACCCCAUCAGUUAUUUAAUUAUAAAGCUUCAAACUUUUCAACCAAUUCGGUGACCCAUUUGCCGGAACUGUCGAUUUCCGGUGAGAUUCCGGCGAAAAAAUGGAGGUUGAAAGUGAAAAGCCAGGAGGAUCUGAUGGAAAAGUUUGGAACUUUUGUAGAAUGCCGUUUUGGCAAACAAGUCACAAUCCUUCAUCAUCAUCAAUUACUACUACUUCUUCUUCAUCCACAUCUUAUAUGCACAAUGUUCAUCACCAAAGCCAGAGUCUUCAUUCUCUUGACAGAUCCACUCAUCAAUCUUCAGCUACAGUUUCAUCUGUUGCUAAGUCUUUGCUCCCUACAAGGAGAAGGCUUCGUCUUGAUCCUCCUAAUAAGCUCUACUUUCCUUAUGAACCUGGUAAGCAAGUUAGGAGCGCAAUCACAAUUAAAAACACUUGCAAGUCUCAUGUAGCUUUCAAGUUUCAAACAACUGCACCUAAAAGUUGCUACAUGCGCCCUCCUGGCGGUAUUCUUUCACCCGGAGAAAGUAUAAUUGCUACAGUAUUCAAGUUUGUUGAGCCACCAGAGAACAACGAGAAACCAACUGAUCAAAAAAGCAAGGUUAAGUUCAAAAUCAUGAGCCUUAAAGUGCAAGGUGAAAUGGACUAUGUACCUGAAUUGUUUGAUGAGCAAAGAGAGCAAGUCGCUGUAGAGCAAAUUCUUCGAGUUAUUUUUCUGGACCCUGACCGGCCGAGCCCUGCCAUGGAAAAGCUUAAACGUCAAUUAGCUGAGGCGGAGGCCGCACUAGAAGCACGAAAGAAACCACCAGAGGAGACCGGUCCACGAGUAGCUGGAGAGGGACUUGUUAUAGAUGAAUGGAAAGAAAGAAGAGAGAGAUACUUGGCAAGGCAACAGGUUGAAGGUGUUGUUGAUUCAGUGUAAACUGUAAAGUACUUAUUUCUUUCAUCUUCUGAUCUUGUGUCAAAGUUUUACAUGUUCUCCUUUUGAUUCAGUGGUAUGAAGAGAUAUUGUGAAGACACUGUUUUUUCCCUUCAUUUUCAAUAAUGUUUGUGGUGUUAAAUGUGAGUGAAUUAAUGCUAUGAUUCGGCUGUACUCAAUUGUUUUUUUGCAUCAUCUCCUAUAACUUGUAGAUAGCUUGUUUUUUAAUUUAAAUUGUGAACUAGAUUUUUCUUUUCAUGUAGUUAUUGCCAUGGUUGGUCUUGGAUUUGCUUAA